UGUGUUUUGGACACAGAGAUUCCUCAGGUGGUGUUUAUGACACGCGUGGAUUUACUCUGUCCCUUGGUCAAGGAUGAUCUGCAGUCUGUCUACUCCAGCAAACAAAUAAAGCACAAAAUGGAGGAUUACAAAAACGCGUUGGGUGUCCCCUUGAACUGCGUCUACCCAAUAAAGAACUACCAUGAGGGGAACAAGCUGGACCCCCAUAUGGACAGCCUGAUUCUGGAUGCACUGAAGAACGCUGUCAUGUCUGCAAACGAUUAUGUUGAAAGACUACACAAGUCAGGCGCACAGUCCUCAGGAACACACUACCAGCAGCCAGUCACACACACAGAGCAGUCAGACAAAUGUUUGGACACACCACAACCACAAAAACUGCCCACUCGCUCCAUCAACAAUGACGCCACAGAUGGAGCAUGUACAGGAGACAAGGGAGGACUUGAUGGAUUUGAGGACUUAAUGUUUGCAGCUCUUCGGGAAUUGCACACUGAAUGGAGAGAAAUGGACUGGUCCAAGGACUGCAGGAACAGGAUGGAGAGAGAGCUGAGGGAAUUGCGUCCGUCCAAUCCGGAGGUGAAGCAUCUGCGUAUCCUGCUGCACGGGCCAGUGGGGGCUGGCAAGUCCAGCUUCAUCAACUCCAUCGACACCGUCUUCCAGGGCCAGGUCAGCACUCGGGCUCUGGUGGGCGGCAUGGAGUCUGACAAGUGCUCUACCAAGAAGUACCAAACUUAUGCAUUUAUGAAUGGGGAUUCAGGAAGCCUUCCCUUUGUCGUGAACGACACGAUGGGUCUUGCAAAAGAAAAUUUGAACGGAGUACAAGUGAAUGACAUCAUCAGUGCCCUGAAAGGCCGUAUGAGAAAUAAGUACAAGUUCAACCCCGUGUCUCCCCUCUCUGAGGGAGAUCCGUUCUACAACUCCAACCCCUCCCUGAAUGAGCGGGUGCACUGCUUGGUCAGCGUGAUCUCCAUGGAUACCAUCAGCUGCAUGGACGAUGACAUCAUCACCAAGAUGCAGGCCAUCAGAGAGGCAGCCAGUGACCUGGAUAUUCCACAAGCCAUUGUCUUGACAAAGGUGGAUAAAGUUUGCACAUUGGUGAAACAGGACCUGAGGAAGAUUUACUUCAGCGAGCAGAUUCAGCAAAUGAUGAACAAGUGCAGUCUUAAACUCAACGUCCCCAUGAACUGCAUCUUCCCUGUGCAAAACUACCAUAAAGAGAUUCACUUGGAUCAGGAGAUGGACUGCCUUGUCUUAACUGCUCUAAAAAAAAUUGUUCAUUCUGCCCAUCAGUAUGUUGCAAUGGAGAAUUUUAGCUAAAUAGGCCUACCUUCAAAGAGAUAGAUCACCUGAUACCUUGCCUUCAUUAAGUCACCUUAAGCCUUUCACGCAGAGCCUCUAAUAUAAACUUAAUGUUACCAAAAUGGUAAUAACCGAGACUCAUCAAUGUUGUUAUUGUGCAAUUGAGAUGUUCAUCAGUGAAUCAGUUCGCAAUCCCUUUUGUAUCACAUCCAUGUUGUAUGAGCAAUGGCUUUUGUAGGUUACAAUGAACUCUUGAAAAUAAAAAGGUUU